AUGUCUAACUAUGCUACGCGAGAUGCGACAUUCAUUCUGACCGAGAGUAACAACUGGACAGCGUGGUAUCGUCAACUUAAAAUCAGAUGUGAAUCACUGAAUAUUUGGGCACUUGCAGAUCUAGAGGGCUCGCAAGAACCACAACCAAAAUCAAGGCUUCAGCUCCCUCUGGUGCUAUCAAAUUACGAAUCGAUCGCGACUCUACCGUUGAGUACAACCACCGCGUCGAGCUCCCGAACCCGCGGUAACACGCAACUAUCACAACGCGAAGAACCUGUUGUUGUAGACAUACCUACGCGAAUGCGCAUAGAAACGUAUAGAUUCCUUAAAAAAGAAUACAACGAGGAACAUGCAAAAUAUGAAAAGUUGCUUGUUUAUAUCUUAGGGACCGUGUCGUCCCACCUGCAACUUAGUUGCUGCUACACGGGAAAUAGCACCCAUGAGAACCCUAACAACUGGGAACCUUGGUUGAUGGAAUACGACCAAUCAGCCACUCGGGCGGAAGCCCUAGAAGUGAGCGAGAGUAAGCAGAAGAGCGCUUUCGUUAUAGAAGAGGCAUCGUUUCUCGCUAGCGGUGAAUCCGACCAGAAUACACUCAGAGACGCCUUAGAUAUAUCUCAAAGAGCACCACCCGCCUACUCACAAGGCAACCUAAGAAAACCUAGGAAGAAAAGAAAAAGUAAUAGUCAAGAGACCAAAUCCAAGCAAUUCCUAAAGAGAAAUACCAUGGCAGUGGGAGAUGAUUAUCCUGCUUGUGGACAGCGCCAUAAUCUAUCAGACUAUUACUACGCAUUUCCUAAGAAAGCACCCAAGUGGUUCAAACCGAAUCGGAAGAUUGCUAGGUUAGUCAAGCAUAUAAUAAAAUUUAACAACGAGCUAUAG